AUGCUAGUCGACCCCAGAGCGGGAAUUGUCCACGAGGGGAUGAGUCUGCAUCUGGCAGGCGGCAAGGUGGUGAAGGUUACACCCACAACUUCUCAUGAUUUCAAUGCCGACUUCCGCUAUGGAGAGCAGCAAGUGGAAAAGAUAGACGCAAGUUCAUACUUUUUGUGUCCCGGCCUGAUUGAUUGUCGUGUUCACCUGAUGGCAGUUCACGGCAGCGUGACACUCCACGGGGCCUUCACGUUUCCGCACGAGACUGCUGUUAUUAGAACCGCAGGUACUCUGCGAGGCAUUCUUUCUAAUGGAUUCACUUCUGUCCGGGAUACCGGCGGUGCUACAAUUGCACAUGCUCAAGCCACCGAGGGAUUCCUGAUACCCGGAUCUCGCGUCUUCCAGAGCGGGAGGAUGCUAUCCCAGAAUGGCGGCCACGGCGAUGAUACAGAGGUUUGGAGUGACAACCACUGUUGCGCACGGCAUCUCAAAGUGUGCACCUCCGGAGGCAUCGCAUCAGCCACGGAUAGGCUUGAGUCUCUUCAGUUCACUGCGGAGGAGCUGCAGGCAAUUUCCACAGUCAACAAGAACAUGGGGGACACCCUUGUCACAGCCCAUUGCUACACGGCUGAAGGCGUCAGACACGCCAUUGCCGGUGGCGUGCGAGGAAUCGAGCACGGCAACAUGAUUGACCCCGAGACGGCACAGUUGACGGCCGAGAAGUCUUUCUCACACCUACCUUGGCACUCCAUACAGGAUGUAGGUGUCGUGGUGUGCUAUUGGACCGACACCACGGCGCCUACAUUGGUCAUGCAGAUUUAUGAAUUUAUCGUGCGAUCCAAGAUCCUACCGAGCCUCGUAGUGCUACGUCAAGCUACUGUAAACGGAGCUAAUCAAGUUGGUAUGGAAGGCAAGCUGGGCGAGCUCGUUGAGGGCUCCUUUGCAGAUCUGCUUUCCUUGGAUGAGAACCCGCUGGAGGAUUUUGCGAGUCUGGACAGGAUCAAAGAGAACUUGAUGCUAGUGAUGAGAGAUGGAAGGAUCGUUAAGAGCCAGAUCCCAGGUAUACGGCCAGAGUGGAACUAG